AUGGCAGGACCGCAUUACAGGCAGCAACAUGGAGAGUGCGGCCAUGAGAUGCUGCAGCUUCUGCUCUCCUUCAAGGCAGAUGUCAAUGCGCUACCAGCAAGGAUAGGCGGCCUCACAGCCCUACAGGCGGCAGCAAUCAGCGGUGACCUGGGCAUUGCCAAGAUGCUGCUCGAGCGAGGAGCAGAUAUCAACGCUCCUGCCGCCGCCGAGAAAGGGAGGACGGCAAUCGAGGGAGCAGCUGAACACGGCCGUUCGGAUAUGGUGGAUUUCUUGCUCCAAAAUGGCGCGAAAGGAGACCCAGAGACCGGGUUUUCCAGGGCCAUUGAACUCGCUGAAGCGGAGGUCCAUUUCGGAGUUGCAAAAAUCCUACGAGAACACGUUGCCACGUUGGCGCUUCGAGACUUCGAUCUGGCACACGAAGCGGGCGGCGAUCAGGUUGGACCUCUACCGUCUCCAGGGUUCGUCUUCUCCGACGAGAUCUUUACAGAUUUCAACUUUGAGAUGCCGAGUUGA